AUGACGAACUCAACCAGCGAUAUUCGUGUCCUCAAAAAAGAUAAGGUGGUGCCACAUUACCUCAAAGUUCCGGAUGGUUCUUGCCACAUCAAUUGCAAAAUCGGGUAUAAGCCAACCGAAAUAGAAAUUAAAUCUCCCCAUAGAAGAAAAUUGUUAGCAAAAACAUAUUCAUUCGAGAAGGAAGCUAAAAAUUCGACAAUAGACACAACGUUAGCCAGACAUAGCGAACGCCAACGCCCAAACGAAAUAAGAUCGCCACGAAAAAAAGAAGAUUCCAAAAGUUCGACAACAUUAAUAGAUAAACACCAAUUUGUAAAGAAAGUUGUUCCUAGAUUAGCCAAAACGACAUCCAUGUCUUCAAAUAAUCUAUUGUCACCCAUAGAUAAAGAUGAAGACCAAACUAAGCCACGGUUAGGGAAUAUAAGAAGGAUGAGCGAAGUGAUUUUACGCAAGGAAACUAAACUUGGAAGUCAAGUCUCUCUCGAUUCUCCAACUUCGACUAGCCGACGGUUAAGCGAUGUAAUCGAACGAAGGAAGACUAUUUCGGGCUCACCAAAUGUACAAAAUGUAUUGUCGUCUAGGCCAUCAUCCUCCAAAGGCGGUUUGAGCAAAACCCCUAGGAAAACAAAUAAUAAUUCAACCCGUGAAACACGAAACAACCAACAACAUAUUCCCGAGGUUUCUUUAGCUAAAUUAGAUGAAUUCUUUGAUGAAAAGAAAAUCGAGACAUUAUCAUCCACAUGUCAUGUUACAAAUGAAAACAAUGUUAGCUCCUCUCAAUUGUCUUCGAUCUUGAUCCCCCAUGUCGAAGAUGAUGUCGCGAGAAGUGAAAUAUUGGAAGAAAACCUUGAUAAUGUUGAGAAUAUGAAGUUCAAGAGAGGAACAAUAAUAGAUGUGGAAAAUGAGGACAAUGGUCCAUAUAGGCUUAAGUUUAAUGAAGGAAGCACAAUUUCUCAAUUGGGCGAGGUUGGUAAAGAAGAAAUCGAAUUGAGGGAAGUUGUAACGAUCGAAAAGAUGUGUGAAUCUCAAAAUGAGGACAAAAUCAAUCUAAAACACGUCGAUGAGUUGGAGAAAGACAAACCAAGUUCGCUCGAUGAUAUGAUUGAAGAGGCCGCGAACAAGUUGCUUGUGCGGUCUAAGAAAAAUAAGGUUAAGGCUUUGGUGGGUGCUUUCGAAACGGUUAUGUCUAUUCAAGAUGCCAAAUCAUUAUCACGAAAACGAUCCCUAUGA